AUGGCUGCCAGGAAGCCCUCAAACUCUGAUGAACAUUUCAGGCCAGAGAAACGAAAAGAAUGGCCGGAGCCAGUCGUGUCUUUAAUGGAGGUAUUAGCUAGAGAAGACAUUGAUGAAGCUGUACAUGCAAUAUUAUUUAGAGAAAACUAUAUUGUGAAGAAAUUGGAUACAUAUUUUCAGCAUCUGUCUAUUUUUAAGGAAAGAAGAAAAGAGUUGUUACAUAAAAAGUGGGCUGAAAAUGUUGCAGGGCUUCUUCAGCAGAGAAUUAUAGAAAAAGUGAUUUCAUAUAGAGGAGCUGAAAAAACCAACAGAAGAAAACAAUAUGACACGAAAGAAGAACUUAAAGAAACAGAGAAGGCCGCCAAACCGCCCCAGUUCAUGUCACAAGGCAUGAUCCCAAAGGAGAGGAAGAGAGCCUCAACUGGGUCCGUGAGGAGUAAAACUGGUGGCACAUGCAGGUACAGAACAAGGAAACUCUUCAUUGCUACUUCAACUUUUCCUAAAAAGCUCAUAUGUGCAAUAAAGCAGCAUCUCCCUCAGUAAGAGAAAACUUCUGACCUGGGUCAGAUUGCUUUUGAAAGACAGUUCCGUUCCUCAAAGCUCAGCCCAGAGAACAAAGAGGCUGAAAAGAAGGUUCUGGUUUUAGCAACUGGGCCACAAUCCUGGGCUCCAGGGGAUAGCAGACAUACCCAGGGACCACAGUCUGUGGGAAGAAGAGUGAUGACAGCAGAGGUCCUGGGGAAGCACCUGGCCUCCCUGCAGGGGGCAGCCAGGUCAGGCUACCAAUGA